AUGACCACCGCGUCGGCUUCUCAGAGCCACGCCCCCUCCGCUGGCCACGCUCGACCCCUCCAGCAGAAGCCUCAACCUAAAUACAAAAUGGAUGUCGACCGCCCAGAGCUCCUCCGCCGUCCUUCGACCCCGGAUCAGCACGGACGCUCCUCCUUUUCAUCUAUCCGUGAAGACAGCUGUGGUCCAGCCCAGACCUUUACAUCCUCCAAGGUCUCUUCCUACGCCACUGCUCACGAGAACGCCAUCCUUGACGAUUCGCCAACUCCCUCGCCUCCCGCCAUCGAUAUGGGUGAGGUUCAGUUCCUACCACCCGUCACCUUGCCCAACAGCAGGCUGCAUGGCAACUGGUUCCCCGCCAACAACUUCAAGGGAUGGAAGCAGAUCAACGUCAAGGGGAAGACGGCGAGUCGCAGCUUUGGUGACCUCCAAGCCCUGCACAUGGCAUGGAGCACCCCGCCAGCACCGUCCAAGGGAAAGAGCAAGUUUGGUCUCGGUAGCGCGCCCAUUGAGAAGCUACCUCUCGAGCUGCUCGGCUCCAUUAUUGAGCUCCUCGUGCUCGAUGUGCCCCCGCCAAACGGCGUCACCCGCCGCAAUGUCGAUCUCAUGUCUCUGCUGUUGACCUCCAGGACCAUGCACGGCGCGACCCUCAAUGCUCUCUACAGGAACAUCACCAUCCCCCACUCGAGAAUCUUCCGCAAGUUCCUCGCCAACACCACCGAACACCCGUCCCUCGGCACCAUUACCCGACGACUUGACUUUAGCCACUUCAACAACUCGACCCUCUUCGAGACGGCCAGCGAGCGCAAGACGACGCGCAACCUGACCUCCGAGACCCUACUGCAAUGCCUCCAACUCACACCGCACCUCCAAGAGUUCCUCGCCAUGGAGCACAUUGACGAUGACCUCAGCUCCGAAGUGCUCCAGAAGCUUUUCUUCAACCUACCUCGACUGCAGGCGCUCGAUUUUGCCGGCUGCACGUCGCCCUCGUUCCGCGCCUCCUUCAACUCGCUCGUGUCCAUGGAGUGGCCUGAGACCAUGUCGAUCACCCGCCUGUCAUUCCACAAGUGUCUGACCCUGCCGUCGGCCGUCUUUGAGACGAUCCUCCCCCGCCUCGUCAACCUGACUCACCUCGACCUCGCCCAGACCAAGGUCACCGACAAGGCUCUCUGGUCGAUUCCUCACACGGCCCGCAUCACGCACCUCAACAUUGCCAAGUGCACGCUGUUGACGGCGCCCAAUGUUAUCCGAUUCUUCGCCGAGCACCCUGCCGUCCGACACACUCUGGUGUUCCUCAGCGUGGCCACCGAUGCACGCAGCCAGCAGCUGCUGGCCCAGGAAGAUGUCAGCACCCUGCUCCCCGUCCUGCCCAAUACGCUGCGGUCGCUGAGCCUGAAGGGCAGCCGCAUGGAGGAGUCGCACAUUGAGCUGCUGCGGCCGUUGACGAAGCACCUUGAGGAGCUCGCUUUUGGACGCAACUUGGGCGUCAUGGCGGCGUCGAAGCUGUUUGUGCCGGCGGAGAAGGACGAAGAGGACACUCAGAUGACCGACGCAGGCGAUGCCGAGACCGGGGAGGAGGAGCCCGAGGGAGCCUUGCGGCCCUGCGCUACGUUGACUUUUCGGACCUCUGGGGCAGUGAGGCUCGACCUCGUCGAUCUCUUCUCGAAGAAAGUGCAACCUGCUGCAGGCAACGUCGAACCCGCUCGAGCAAAAAACUGGAUGGUGCGUCUGCACAAGGACGGCGACCGUGGACACCGCUGGUGGAAGAUGGGCGCCGACCACUGGGGCAUGCGGAAGAUUCCCGUGGCGCGCGCCGAUGUCGGCGGCAUGUACGGCUCUUUCAUGUUUGGCCGAAAGCUCUGA